UUUUCUCUAGAAAUGAACUUUCUCAGACGACAGAACACUCGGAGGAGUAAAUCUCAGGUAGUAAUCCCCGUCAAAUCAGAAUAAUCGGACUGUCAGUCGCUAAUUUAAUCUGAUUAAAGAGCAAAAUGGCUUACGAAGAGAUUAACGAAUGUCUCAGCUCCGGAGGGAAGCAUUACGAGUGGCAGCUGAACGUUGGAGGUCGGUGGCAGAAAAUCGAAAACGAUCAUGUGAUCGAAGUGCACUACUGUCACGCUGGAGCUAAAGGAAUCAUGAUCAUCAGCACAGCGGGGAAACUGUUCAUUAACUUCGACACGCUGCGGACCGAUAAUCCGUCCAUCAGAGUCCAGCGGCUGAGCUUCCUCCCGGCGGACCAGCCGGAGGUCCACAGCUGGUUCUACCGAGGAGACCGUCUGUGGACCGAGUACGGAUCCCAGGGAUCCAACUCGUCCUCGUCCAUCAGCAGCGGUGAAAUCGAGCGUCACUUCAGUCUGAACCCUGCAGGGACCCUCCAGUUCUCCGUGGGAACCGCCAACUACAGCCUGGACUUCUCCACCAUGACGCAAACCAACCAGAACACCAGCAUGAGGAGGAAAGUCCGCCGGCGCCCCAAAUACACGGCCCAAAGUGGGGGCCUUUCUGCAGCCAUGACCCCACCAGCGACCCCACCCCAACCCCCACCUCUGCCGUCCUGGCUCGAAGUUACCUGGGAGUUUCUGGGCGAUAGAAGUGUUUGGACAGAAUAUCAGUCAGACGUCUGCUCGUACGGCAGCGCUGACAUUGAGAGAGCGUACCAGUCGGACUCCCAGGGUCAACUGAAGUUCACUGCCGGGAAGUACUCGUACACGCUGGAUUUCUCAGGUAUGUUUCAAAUCAAUGAUUCCUUGAAGACCAAGAGGAAGGUGAGGAGGACUCAACACACCAGCAGUCCGGCAGCGGUGGCGGCGGCGGCGGUGGUGCCCCCGCGGUGGCAGUUCCAGGAUGUAGACGGACAGUGGAUGGACUAUGUGAAAGGGAACGGCGGCUGCAGCAUCUCCAGCCAGGACGUGGAGCUGCGGUACCAACAGGACCCGUCGGGUUCGCUGGACUUCAGCACCGCGAUGUUCAGAUACCGGCUGGACUUCACAGACAUGACGCAGACGAACGUCUCCACAAACACCUCCAGAGACGUCCGCCGCCUGCUCCAGCAGUGAUCUGGCUCCGGGGUCAGAGGUCACGGCCUCACUUCCUGCUCCACGCCCAUCCCACGUCGGUCAGGGAGGAAAGCAGCUGCUCCACAGAAAGGAAAGGUCUCUUCUGUGUGGAAACAUCUGACACUAAACUGGUUCAGGCUGAACUUAGUGCAGAAAACUGUUUUAAUGUUUACAAUUAACUUCAAGGAAAACAGCCAAUGGCUUUUAAAUACGUUUGAUUCAAAUUCUCAAUAAGAAACGAUUAAUAAUGUUUUGUGUAGAAAAUGAAAACAUGUCCUCACAGUAAUUUUGCUUUCUUUUUUAAAAUAUUUCCGAACUAAACACUAUCUUCUGGUUAAUUUAUGAACUGGGCACUUGUCGUUUACUAGGUGUUUUUUUUUUAAGGUUUCCGGGUUAAAUUCAGGUGAAGGGAGAAAAACUAAAGUCACUUCUCUGUGGAUUUAAUGUUUCCGUGUCGCUGCUAUUUUUUUUUUCCCCGUCAGAUUUCUUGUACUUGGAAAAACUGUUAUUUGAAGAUCUGUGAAGUUCUUGUGUUUUGCUUCAUUAACCGAGUUUGAAAAAUGUGAAAAACCUGCAGAAGGGCUGAAAUACCUCAGAAAUCACUGUGCCACGGUGUGAUUUAUCUGAAAUAAAGGUGCUGAAAAACCACCAGCUGUGAGGUUUAA